AAACCAGGUGUCGCUUAGCCAACUAGUUCGAUCGAACAGCAUAAACUUUCGUUGCGGCUCUUUCUUUCUCUGGAUCAAUCGGUGCGAUCAUGUCGUCAGGCGAGCGGAUUGGAGAUCUCAACUCCUCCGAGGAGCUGUCCGAGGUUGGAACGCCCCUAGACGCCGCGCAGCAGGCCCUCAAAGAGAAAUAUGAGCAGGCAGAGAAAGCGAAAUCCGGCAGCGCAGGUGACGAUGAGGGCGAGGGACGGAGCGGCCUGGACGACGCCAAGGCUAUGCUCAAGGACGAAUUCGAGGGCGCCAAGAAGGGGCUUUCGGGCAAGCACCAUGCCUCGCAGCCAAACGAGGUAGCCCGGGAGCACGACGAGGCGGCUGGGGGGCUCGUCCGAUCCGCGCAGGAGAAGCUCGGGAGUGACGAGCAGCGCGCCCCGGAUGAAUCGCUGGGACAGAUUGAUCAGGCCAAGCGCCAGAUUGCGCGCUAGAAGGCAAGGAAUGUCCAAAACGCACAAAGAAUAUUCUGGGGAAAAAGAAUCAAUGAAGAGCUUACGAAUAUUCCUGGUA